AUGGAGAAGUUCCUCCGCGGUUGGCGGCAGGAUGCUUUGAACAGGGGUCAAAAUGAUUCCGCUAUCUAUAUUGGGGACAAGGUCCUGGCGUUGACAAACAGCGACGCUGACGCCUUUUGGCUUGCGCAAGUCCAUUUCAACAAUAACAACUUUACUCGGGCGCUAGCUUUACUGUCCCGAAAAGACCUUAUAUCCCGAAGUACCUCGUGUAAAUAUCUCGCCGCCCAUUGUUACAUCAAACAGAAUAAAUUCGAAGCUGCUCUCAAUAUUCUCGGAGACCAGAAUCCAACCCACCUUAUAAGCACGGCAGGUCAUAGUCGGCGUAAAAUACAACAUUUGAACGGUCAUAGCCAUGUUACGCUCAGAAAUGGAAAGACGGCGACAUCGAGAUCAGAUCGGGCGGAUAGAAGUGAAGAACGUGAUCGAGAAGAUGCCAAUAAUAUACGUUUCGAGGCGGCCAUGUGUUAUUUACGUGGGCUCUGUUAUGCGAAGCAGAAUGCAUUUGACCGCGCACGUGAUUGUUAUAAAGACGCUGUUCGAAUCGACAUCCAAUGUUUUGAGGCGUUUGAUCAGCUCAUGAAGAAUUCGCUCAUGUCUCCAGCCGAAGAGCUCGAAUUUUUGGAAUCAUUGGAUUUCGACUCCGUGACUGUACCUUCGGAACCAUCAAAGUCGCAAGAAGCCGCGCAAUUUGUGAAGAUGCUUUAUACGACCAGACUAUCCAAGUAUACUUCGCCUGCCACGCUUUCUGAUGUCACUGAGACGCUUUCGACACAUUACAACCUCGCCAGCAACCCCGAUAUUCUCCUUUCUCGCGCUGAGGCACUAUACACACAAUGCCGAUUCCUUGAAGCUCUAGAGCUCACAUCUUCGAUUCUCACAGCUUCUGAAACUGGAGGAGCGAUGGCUGAAUCGUCGGUAAUCCCUGGACAGAAUUUGGGACAUUCACCCGCUGUGUACCCUUUACAUCUUGCCUGUCUUUACGAGACUGGAGCCGUCAAUGCGUUAUUUUUGCUAUCGCAUACUUUGGCAGACAAUGCUCCAGAGGAGCCAUAUACAUAUCUAGCCAUUGGUGUAUAUUAUCUCUCCGUGGCUAAGAUUGCCGAAGCACGGCGUUUCUUUUCCAAAGCCUCACUUCUAGAUCCUCACUCAGCACCCGCUUGGAUUGGCUUUGCCCACACUUUUGCCGCUGAGGGAGAGCAUGACCAAGCGAUUGCCGCCUACAGCACUGCAGCGCGACUAUUCCAAGGUAGUCAUCUGCCACAGCUAUUCCUGGGAAUGCAACAUCUAGCACUGAACAAUAUGUCUCUUGCACACGAGUAUUUAUGUGCUGCAUAUGCUAUGUCUUCCGGGUCGCCAUCGGGCUCCUUGGCAACUAUCCCCAAAGGACCAACUGUCGGACUACCGGCACUCGGCGGCGAUCCUCUCGUUCUUAAUGAAUUAGGUGUUGUACUAUAUCAUCAAGCCAAUUUCAAACCUGCAGCGGAUCUGUUCCGUCAGGCGCUCGCAUUGGCAAACUCAUUGCAGUGCGACCCCGGAGCAUGGGUGGCUACACGAGCUAAUCUAGGACAUGCCUUGCGACGUAUGGGACAACUGGAUGAAGCACUAACUCAAUUCGAUGAGUGCAUCAGAGUCGGUGCAGGCGGUGGUGCCACUGGUUACAGUGCCGCAAUAGGAGGCGUUGCAGCCACCUCGACAGGAGUAGCCGGGUAUGAAGAUCGUGGUCUGAUCGGGUCGCUUCAUACAUCUCGCGGUCUGAUCUAUCUACAACUAGGACGGACGCUGGAUGCCGUGACCGUUAUGCACGAAGCUGUAAGGGUUCUUGGUGUAAGCGGUGGCGACGCAGCGGGCGGCGCCGGCACUGCAGGUACCAUUCUAGCCCGAGCGCUAGAACUCUGGUCUUUGGAAAAUCGUAUCAAAGCCGUCAAAACAGCUAAUAGUGGUCGUCAAAGGAGAGACGCGGCAUCUCGGUCUAGAGACGAUGCAUAUGGAUCAAACUUGACGGAGGAAAUCGUCCACGGCGAAGACGACCUCGAAACGGAACUAGACGUACAUGCCGAGGGCCUCCUCGGCACAGCCCUGAAUAAAGUCCGACCGAAACGUGCAGGUAAAAGACCGCAAAUCCCAGGUAUGCCUAUGGCGCCAAUAGACCCGCCUCAAGAAAUGGAAGUCGAGGAACCGAUUGGGCGAAGUAGGAGAGGAGGGGAGGCGCAAUUACCUAGUCGACGCAGUCCAACACGACGAGUACAAUCUAGGCGUCCUGAUGGUUCUUGA